AUGGAGGCAUCAACAAUGGACUGGCGACACGAAAUGCUGAAAAUGCUUUCGGAAUUUGAACGUCAGACAACAAUUUCUCUGGGCAAAAUUGAAAUGAUAUUCAAGUACAGCGGCCUAUUACUCAAUGAUGAAUUCAAGCAGUAUUUCUUGCAAGCUUCGAAUAUCCGCAUUGAGGAAACUUAUGAUCUAUUCAAAAUGAAUUCAUUGUUGAAGGACCAAGCCAGACAUCAUGCAGAAGUGAGUGAGAUGUUAAGCUCAAUCAAUACUCGUGGCAUGAACAAUACCCAAACACAAAUCAAUGGCUCCGUCGAAAUUAUCGACUCAAGCGAUGAAGAAGACCAAGCAGACAAUCAAGUUAAGAUGGAAUUAUUGGAAGCGCUAUCUACUGCUCGGUACACGGAUCACGACAUGCCACCUGAAUUAACCGAUGGUGAUCAACUUGACGACGAUGGAAGCUAUAUUGAUGAUGAAACGCCAAACAUGAAUCUAUACGGCAUCAAUUACAGCAACGCAAUUACAGCAGAAAUAGAUAACGCAAUGGAAGCGGACGAUAACAAGCCGUUGACUGUCGACACUCAUCGUGUAAUGGACUUAACAGAUGGACGCUCAUCCACAGCCACAGUGAACAAUGGUCAGAAAGUCGUUAAUGGUACCAAAAGUAAGAAGGUGAUUGGAAGAUCUAGCAGAUCAACGGUCGAAGUGUGUUCGACUCCAGGAUUGUUGGGAAAUAAAAAGUCAAAUUCAUUAAACCAUUUGGUGAUGAAGAAACGAUUCAAAUGCCAAUAUUGUGAAUAUUCCAGCAAUCACAAACCGAACAUCACUCGUCACAUGCGCACUCACACCGGUGAGAAACCAUAUGGAUGUGAUAUUUGCUGUAAAAAAUUCACAACACUACAAGGCAUGAAAAAACACAAAAUCACUCACACUAACGAAAUCCCAUUCCAUUGCCGAGGCUGUUUCACGGGAUUUUCCGAGAAGGUCAAACAAAAAGCCCAUGAAAAAUUAUGCAAAUCACGUCGAUAUGAAUGCCAUAUCUGUAAGAAGUUUGUCAAUGCUAACAAACAUCAUUUCAAAAGUCAUAUGAGGACGCACAGAUAAAAAACCGUUUCGAUGCGAAAUCUGUAUGAAAUGUUUUACAGAGAAGGGAAAUCUGAAGAAGCAUCUGGAUACCAUCCAUACUAGAAUCAAUCUAUAAAUUCAAUCAAUCCAUUCCAAUUUCUUUUUUAAUU